AUUGCACACAAAAAAUAAGUAAACAAGAUAAGCCUCAAUUUCUUCAUUCUUCAUUUCUCUUGCUCAUUUCAAUUCUACUCAUCACCACAACCACCAGCACAACCACCAUAACCACCAGCAUAACCACCACAACCUACUCUCAGGGUUCCUAUCCUUCUCCUGCUAGACUUCUUCUUCUUCUUCAACUUGGUUGCAUCUUGUUCAACUUACUUUCAGGAAAAUCAAUUUCAAUGCUCAACUUCUAUGGUUUCUAGAUUUACUUCUUAAAUUAUGCUGCAAGAUCUGCUGAAAGUCCUGAACUAUUUUAGUCUUUAAUUAUUGUAAGUUUCUGAGUUUUCUUUUGCUGAAGUUGGAUUUCAAUUUCUGCUCCAAACCCUAACUUUGCGGCAGUUACUGGAAAUGGUGAUUCAAGAAAAUUGUAAUGGUCAUAGCAUUAAAAUUAACAAUGGUAAUAGUAAUUGUACUAGUAAUAGAGUCAAUGGUUUUCUUCAUGGAAGGUCAAGUGGUAGUGGUAGUGAUAAUGCUAGAGAUGGAGCUUCGCUUCGUACUUAUAAACGCCGAAACUCUGGAUUGCCUACUUCUAAUUGCAAAGUCAUUGACCUGGAGAAACUUCCCUGCUCUGUCUCUGCUAAUUCGGAUGAUAAGAUGGUAAAAGAAUUAGUGGACAUAGGUUUGCAAAAAAAAUCUUGUGAGCAAGUUUGUGAUCCGAAGAUAAAUUGUCAUUCUCUUCUGAAUGGUUCAGAUGAUUGCUCUUAUCAACAUUGGAGAAGUGUGUUGGAAAGCAUAUGCCACUCGCUAAAUCUUUCUGAAGGUGGUGUUGACAGCGGGCUGCAGCAUUGCCUCAACAAUGCACUUCGUAGUAAUCCUGGAAGUAGCCAUGCAAACCUGGUUAAGGACAUUGUUCUCCAUCAUAACAGUCAGGCUCUUGUUCUAAGAAGUGGGUUGGCUAAUGGUAAUUCAGCUGCUACAGGAGACUAUUCUGCUGCAAUUUCUAAUGGAGCCCCAAUUGAUUUAGGUCACUCAACUGUCUCCAGGCUGUGUGAAGAUGUUUUUUUCAGACUUGUGACUUCUGGAAAGUUUGCUUCUUUGUGUAAGCUACUUUCCGAAAAUUUUUAUGGGCUGAAGAUUGAAAAGUUUUUGGACUUUAGUCUUAUUAAUUUAAGGAUGAAAGAGAAUGCUUAUGAAACUACACCUACACUAUUCGCAUCAGACAUUCAACAGAUAUGGAGUAGGCUUCGUUUGAUUGGCAGUGAGAUGGUUUCACUUUCAAAUGAUUUGUCUGAGUUAUCAAGAGGCUUCUGUCGUGAACCGAGAGGAGGUGCAGAACUUGAUACAUCGAGAGAUAAAAAAGACAAGUUGUCUUCCCAGAAAUGCGAUGUGCGUAUCAAGCAGGAAGAACCAGAUGCUUCUGUGUUUUGCACAUGUAGACAGUGUGGAGAGAGAUCAGAUGGGAAAGAUUGCCUUGUUUGUGAUUCAUGUGAAGUAAUGUUCCAUCUUUCCUGCAUCGAGCCUGCUGUGAAGGAAAUUCCACAUAAAAGCUGGUAUUGUGCUAAUUGCACUGCUAGUGGCUUUGGAUCUCCUCAUGAAGAUUGUGCUGUCUGUGAGAGAUUAAUAGCUAAUUCUGGUGUCCUUGAAAUUGAUGCUGUACCUAUUUCUGAAGACAGACUUGGUGAUGAUGAAGAGUGUUCAGACGGUAUCAUUGAGACUGGGGUUCAAGUUUUCAAAGGAAGCAAGCGACUUCCGUGUAAGGUAUGCGGGUGCAUUUUAAAUAAUGGUGAAGAGUUCCAGGUUUGUGAACAUCGUUAUUGCCAAUACAAGUACUAUCAUAUUAGGUGCCUAACAAACAAAGAGUUAAAAUCGUAUGGCCCUCGCUGGUAUUGCCCUUCUUGUCUAUGUAGAACUUGUCUUACUGACAAGGAUGACGAUGAUCUUGUGAUGUGUGACGGCUGUGAUCACGGAUACCAUAUAUAUUGUAUGAAUCCUCCACGGACGUCAAUUCCCAAAGGCAAGUGGUUUUGCCCGAAAUGUGAUGUGGGCAUAAAAGCGAUACGCAAAGUUAAAAAGUUUUAUGAAGAUCUAGAAAGAAAGCAAACGAAAAGUGAAGGGAAAAGAGCCGUUGGUAGACCCUCUAAAAAAUCGAAACAGGAAUUCAAAGAUGCUGUGAAUGGAUCCGGAGGAAUGGAUAUGCUUUUGACUGCUGCUAGAACACUUAAUAACGAAGACUUUGAUGUGCAAGACCGAAAGAGGUAAAUGGAAAAAAAGUUAUGUCAUGCAGUGAUUUUUUUUGCUUCUGUUGUAAUGUUAGCGCCUUUCAAUACAAGUGGCGGUGGCUGUUUUCCGUUAGCGUGCUCACUUUAAGGGUAUCGCCUUGUUCAUCCUAGGAUGAAGUUCUGCGACAUGGUAGUUAAAAUGGGAUGUAUAUUCAUAGAAGACUUCGUUUACUUUAGCCAUUUUGAUGGAAAAGAUCUGGUGGCUGCAGUUCCAUAUUGAUUUAGGUGAUCUAACUCAUUUUUUUGUAAUCUGUAUCAUCAUUUUCAUGUAUUGAAAACAUUUGGCUAGUUUAUAGCUGUUGUAACAAAACAUUGUAACAUACACUUUUUUUGUAAUCAAAAGGGCUAAACCUUAUUUUAACU